AUGUUCAUCGCCGCAAGGUCUUCCGCUUUAACAGCUUCUGCUGUACGUUCAAACGUUGGACGUAAAGGUGCAUCAAUUCUUGGACGUUCAACAAGAGGAUUUUCGACCGUACAAGCAGAAGGUAUUCCAGUUGCAGCUUCAGCAGGAGAAGGUGCAAAGACUGCAGCAAUCACUGUUGCAAUUAAAGCUGGUCCAAGAUUCGAAUCAACUCCAGGUGUUGCCCAUGUUUUGAAAAAUUUCACAUUCAAAUCAAACGCAAGACGUUCUGCUUUGGCAAUCGUACGUGAAGCUGAAUUGAACGGUGGUAUUUUGAGCAGUGCAUUAUCAAAAGAACAUCUCCUUUUGACUGCAGAAUUCUUGCGUGGAGAUGAAGAUUUCUUUGUUCAAAUUUUGGGUGACGUUCUCUCUUCUUCAAAAUUCGCCAGUCACGAAUUCAAAGAAGAAGUUUUGCCUGCCGUUCAAGCCGAAUAUGAAACCGUUUUGAACCAACCAAACGUUCUCGGUUACGACUCUCUAACACAAACCGCUUACCGUCAACGUGGAUUGGGUGCUUCCCUCUUUGCUUCUCCUUCCAGCCCUGUUUCUUACUCACAAUCUGUCGCUUUCGCCCGUAGCGUUUUUGCAAAGGACAACAUUGCCGUCGUUGGAAGUGGAAUCGAGUCCGAUGCAUUGCAAAGAUUGGUCUCAACCCAUUUCAAGGAUGUUUCACCAAGCAAGGGAGCCGUCGAAGCCGGCAGCAAACAAUACUUUGGCGGUGAUGCCCGUGUUCCUUACACUCCUCACCAUGGUGAUGACAGCCCCAGAUCGCACUUUGGACAUUACUUCUUGGCUUUCGAAGGUGGUGCAGUGGACGCAUCUCCUGAAUUGGCCAUUUUGCGAUCGCAUUUGGGAGGUGAAAGUUCGGUGAAAUGGUCUAGCGGAUUAUCACCUUUGAGCAAGGUUGCUGAAUCGGUUGAAGGAUCAACAGUGAACGCAUUCAAUAUCAACUUUACCGAUUCUGGAUUGUUUGGUGUUUACGUUACCGCUCCACACGCACAAUUACAACAAGUUGUUAAAUCAGCAGCUCAAGCAAUCAAGGAUACCUCUAAAAGUCUAUCAAAAGAAGAUUUGGAAAAGGCAAAAGCAAAGGCCAAAUUUGAAGCUGCAUCUGCACUUGAAACCCGUGCAAGCGUUCAUGCUGCCGUUGCAGGACAAUUGUUGGAAGGAAAGAAGGUUCAAUUGCUAGAGGAAACAUUCAGUAAGAUUGACGGUGUUAGCGCUUCCAGUUUGGCUUCUGCUGCUGAUAAAGCAUUGAAGACAAAGGCCACAACAGUUGCAGUUGGUGACGUUCACAAAUUGCCAUACGCCGAUGAGGUUCUUUAA